AUGGUCACCUACAUGAAGGAAGUUGCCAACAUUGGAGGCGAACUUACCGUCGAUGAGCGUAACCUUCUGUCCGUUGCGUACAAGAACGUUGUCGGCACCCGCCGUGCCUCUUGGCGUAUCAUCUCCUCCAUCGAACAGAAGGAGGAGUCCAAGGGUUCUGAGCAGCACGUUGGCAUCAUCCGUGACUACCGCCUGAAGAUCGAGAAGGAACUCGAGCGCGUCUGCGGGGAUGUCCUCGACGUUCUGGACCAGGCCCUCAUUCCCAAGGCCGAGACUGGCGAGUCCAAGGUCUUCUACUACAAGAUGAAGGGUGACUACCACCGUUACCUUGCUGAGUUCGCUUCUGGCGGCCAGCGUAAGGAGGCUGCUACCGCCGCCCACGAGGCUUACAAGAACGCUACCGAUGUCGCUCAGACCGAACUCACCCCAACCCACCCUAUCCGUCUUGGACUCGCCCUCAACUUCUCCGUUUUCUACUACGAGAUUCUGAACUCGCCCGACCGUGCUUGCCACCUUGCCAAGCAGGCGUUCGAUGACGCCAUUGCUGAGCUCGACUCCCUCUCCGAAGAGAGCUACCGUGACAGCACCCUGAUCAUGCAGCUCUUGCGUGACAACCUGACCUUGUGGACGUCGUCUGACGGCAACGAGGGCGAGGCUGGCGCCAAGGAGGACAAGCCCGAGGAGGAGUCCGCUCCGGCUCCUGAGGACAAGGGUGAGGAGUCCAAGCCUGCUGCUCCCGAAUCCUAA